CUGCUGAUUGCUGCAAUAGUCUUUGUGCCAAAUAUCUCCCCCCACACAUAACACACACCAGGAUGUGGUUGCUGGACAGGUCGCAUUUGCUGAUCCUAUCACUCUCCCAUUGAGUUUCUUGCACUGGUGGCAUCCAAUUGGCUGCGUUCCGAUUUUGAUUGGGUACUUCCUUUUAUCGCCUAUAUAGUGCGUCUCUGCUGGGAAGGCUGCUCAGUUCUACCCAUUGCAGCAGGCCGCUGAGCACGGUGGAUGUUGCGGCCACUUUUGUUGGUCAGAGAAGAAGCUUUGUUUUUGCAGGUGCAUGAGAAAAGACAUUUGUGGGUCGGUCUGGUUGUAGUCGGAACAGUGCCAUCUUCUCCGCCUCUCCACAAAAGGCCAUUUCCCUUAAGCUGAGCAUUCUGAGGUCCUGCUUGCCUGGAAGACGGCUCAGGGUUUGAAGCAAGUGUAUAGAAAGGCCGGCCAUUCAGGGAUGGAUAACCUGACCGCAUCUGCUGGUGGGAAGAACUCUUGCACUUACCAUGAAGAGUUCAAGCAGAUCUUGCUGCCUGUGGUGUACUCGGUGGUCUUAGUGGUAGGACUGCCCUUGAACUUCAUUGUCAUCGUCCAGAUCUGGCUGUCCCGGAAGGUGCUGACCCGCACUACCAUCUACAUGUUGAACUUGGCGGUGGCUGACUUGCUCUAUGUCUGUUCCCUGCCGCUCCUCAUCUACAACUAUUCCCAGAAGGACUACUGGCCCUUUGGCGAUUUCACCUGCCGGUUUGUGCGUUUCCAGUUCUACACCAACCUACAUGGCAGCAUUCUCUUCCUCACCUGCAUGAGUGUCCAGCGCUACCUGGGGAUCUGCCACCCGCUCUCCACCUGGCACAAAAAGAGGGGCAAGGGCUUCACCUGGAUGGUGUGCGGAGUGGUAUGGGUUGUGGUCAUUGCUCAGUGCUUGCCCACUUUCAUCUUCGCCUCCACUGGCAUCCAGAGAAACCGGACUGUAUGCUACGACCUCAGCACCCCCGACCGCUCAGCCAACUACUUCCCUUACGGCAUCACUUUGACAGUCACGGGGUUCUUGAUUCCCUUUGUCUCCAUCCUAGGGUGCUAUUGUAGCAUGACCAAAAUCCUCUGCCAGAAGGACGAGUUGAUUGGGUUGGCCGUCCGGAAGAAGAAGGACAAGGCCAUCCGGAUGAUCAUCAUUGUGGUGCUGGUCUUCGCCAUCAGUUUCUUCCCCUUCCACCUCACCAAGACCAUCUACCUGAUCAUCCGCUCCUUGCCCAAUGUGCACUGCCUCACCAUGCAGGCAUUCGCCAUCACCUACAAGUGCACCAGGCCGUUUGCCAGCAUGAACAGUGUACUGGAUCCCAUCCUCUUUUACUUCACUCAACGCAAGUUUCGCGAAAGCACCAGGCACCUGUUGGACAAAGUCAGUUCCAAAUGGAAGCACAACUCAUGACGAGCAGGCCCUAGUGGCACGUGAAAGCAACUGCGCUCCUGUGCCAAGGAGGGAUUGGCGACUCGCUGGCUUUGGGCCACCAAGGUCCAUGCGUGAGGCAACUUCUCCCAUUGUUGGUACUUCAUUGCCCAUCCAGAGGGAGAGUUUGGCCUACGUGGCUCAGAGAAGCCUAACUCUGGUUGUCAUGGCAACCCCCUCAAAAGGCCCUGGCUUCGUCACUGAAAUGGAGAGUGUUAGUUGUGUAAAUAACAGACUGCCUGGUGUGUUCCUCUCUCUCUUACCUCAUGGUUGUUCUAAGGAACCAUUUGGGAUGGUUUUGAAGAUGGCUUCUUCUACAUCUGGCCCCAACAUUCUUCAGGAGACCAUGUGUUAGAAGCGAGGCCAAGGAGCAGAGGAAGAAAGCAGAAGAUUAGCAGGAAUGCUACUUAAUGUUUGGUUGAAAGACAACUCUAGAGGGAAGGCCCCAAGCUCGUCUGUUUCACAAGACAUUGUGGACAGGAUUCCUAGGGUCUGGAUGACGGAGGGGAGUUUCCUUUGGGGGCUCAGCUAGGAGCUCUCCAAAAUAGAGUAUUAUUGCCGUUCCAUAAAGGGUGGGCCCCAGUCCUUCAAAGCUCUUCUCUUGAAUAAUUUCUGGGUUCCAAACAUGACCUGUCUGUGGCUGGAUUGUUUUGACAAGAGCUCAUUUGAGGACUGGAUCAUGAGUGGCAAUGAAUGUGGGCCAAACUUUGAAGAUGGUGAGCAUUACCACCGGGGUGGAUUUUGGCUCCAAAACAUCUCAGUCCUGAGGAGCUGACUUGGGAAAUGGGGAAUUGCAAUUGCACAGUCAACUCCCCCACCCCAGGUUCUUCUGAAGGGGCGCUGUUUGACAGUAUGAGUGUUUAUUCGUUUGCACAGGAGUCUCAAACUGUAACCCUCCAGCUGAUAUUGGGCUAUGACUCCACUGUCCCCAAUCACAAUGGCCAGCAGCCAUGAAUGCUAGGAGUUGUAGGUCAACAUCUGCAGGAGGGCCGCCAUUUCAGAUCUCUGUUCAGAGCCAUCUUUGUGUGUCCUUGUUUCCUGCCCCACUUCGCAACUCGUUUAAUAGGGUGUAAAGAAUUCUGGACAUGAAGCUGCAACUUAGUAAGGUUGGCUGGUGGUCUAGCGAGCCUACCAAAUGCUAUAGAGGAAGCCUACUAAGUACUGAACAGUUGCACUAGGCAAGGUUGUGCAUGUUUCACUCCUCUGCACAUGCACUCUUGCAGCAUGAAUCCUCAACUAUGGUGUGGAAUUGGACUUCCCAAGUAUUUCAUUUCUUUUCUUUUCUUUUUCUAAAAGAGAGAGAAAAGCUUCUAACUCUCAUGGUUUCAAAGAAUUAUCUUGUUCCCCCCCGCUCAGAGUCCUGUGUGUUCAUAUGGGCACGUAAAAAGGUAGAGUGUGCCGUCAAGUCAAUUUCGACUCCUGGCGCCCACAGAGACCUGUGGUUUUCUUUGGCAGAACAGGAAGGGUUUACCAUUGUUUCCUCCCACACAGCAUGAGACGAUGCCUUUCAGCAUCUUCCUAUAUCGCUACUGCCCAAUAUAGUACCAGCGGGGAUUCAAACCAGCAACCUUCUGCUUGUUAGUCAAGCAUUUCCCCACUGUGCUACAUAUGCUGUCUGCUCUGUUCCCAUCAGUGUCCCAUGUGCGUUGUGCCAUGUGCUUUGGGGUAACAAUGUUGCUGAAACUCUUAAUUUCUUGUUUCAGAAUAUGGAUCUGCCAGCUUUGAAUCCUCAGAAAAAAAAUACAAUUCAGACUUUAUUUCCGUGAAAGUUCUGCUGAGACUUGUAGAAUGGAAAAUGAGGUUCUACACUUGGGUAGAGGAGUUUCCAACGGGAAUCUAUUUUUAGCCCCAAUCCUGGACAUUAAAUGCUCACACUGAGCUAAGCAAACAUCCUGGCAGGGAUUUUUAACGCUCUAAAGAUUGGUCAGAAAUCCAGUGAUCCAGAGCCUUGGAGGCGGGAAAACUCUACUGCCAGAAUUUGCAUAACGAAAGUCUGGGAAACUUCCUAGCCCAGCCAUAGAUGUAAGCAAAAGCUUUUGUUCCAGACUCUGCUAGCUUCUCCCUAUGUUGCCUUGAGUUUAGCUUAUGGUGAAACAUUUGAGAUAAACAAGAUGGGAUCUUCCUCCUGGGUGUUCAGUGCAAUUUUCAGCAUUUGCAUUGAAUCCCAAGGCAUCUGAGAGGAGGUCUUGCGUAGAGAGGCCUAAAGGUACACUGUAGAAGAACAGGCAUCGUAAGUGAAACAGCAAACACCUAAAUGCUUGCUUACGUUUUCAGGUAUUUAACUUAUCGAUUCACAUAUGUACCAGGUGCCAACAAUUUGUGAAUGGGUGAAAGAACGGAUAGCUGAUGGCUCAUAUAUCUCCCAUAUCACAUCCAGUUUGGCCCAAUGACACUAAGCACUUUCAUGUACAAAAGGGUGAUAACCCACAUCUUUACAGCUAUGGUGACCAUGCCGAUGAUGAAAGGUGGUUGGCCGCUGGUUCAAGACAAGAAGAAGAGGAGGAAAUGCUAUCCCAAGCAUUUGGGGGCAAAACACUUUGCCCCAAUAGGUCACCUCCUGACUUCUCUCUCCAAGGGAACCUUCAUUGGUGCUGCUAAUCCAAUAUGAAGACUGUGACCUUUCCAUUGGCUUCCUGGACUGCUGAUUGAAACAAUGGUGUCACUGUAUUGGAAUUCUAACAUUUCACAAGUGUUCUAACAUUCUAAAUGCAAAAGAACUUCAUAGUGAAAGUACUUGCUCUGAUCAUGCAUAAGCGUCUUUAGUUUUGCUUCCCUAUGAUGGGAAAUUUGCUAUCUGCACUUAUUCUCAGAACUGCAUCCCAAGGAAAAUGGGGCCUAUUUGGUUCAGGUUCCAUACAUUCCAAAACACAGAGGGGGUCAAAAUGUGGAUGAUUGUCAUUUGUUUUCAGAAUCUCACUUGCUGCUUUUAAAAAGAAUUACUUUAAACUGUAGUUUUUACUGCCAUCUGGGUCAGCAGAGACAGGAGUCCACUGGGCAUUUGUCUCUCGUCAGGUGCCAUCUUGAAUACCCAUAUAUGCUUCAGGAUGUGGCAACAUUCUGGGACAGUCUUGUGGGGGGAAAAUGGCCACUACCUUGAAAAAUGUUGCAGCUGAUCUACAGUUUAAAGUUUUUUAAAAUCAUUAAAACAAUGCAAACAGAUGAGGGGAAAUGAAUUAGGAGUCUCUGCAUGAGUCCCAAAACACAGAAGAAGAACUGAAACAAAAAGUCAACAGAAGUUCUGGAAAUAAAUGGGCGUCCAAAAGAGGUAUUUUCUAGUGCACUUCCUUACAAUGUACUUCUGGAAUACUACUAUGAAUACUACUUGAAUACUACUCUUCUCUAAAUAGUUUUAUUAAUAUUGCACAUUUGUGAAAAUAUUUCUCAUUGUCUCAGUGAAAAUUCUGCCACAGACAGCUUUUAUAAUAUAAGGGGCUGGGUAAAAUCCAUCUUCAAAGACCGAUUUGUCAUAGCACCAUCUAGAAUCUAAAAAGAAAAUGAAGCUAUAGUUUCAUUGUAACAUAUGGCCGAACGGGAAGAAAAGCAGAAAUGCAAAGGUUCACAUAAAGUUUAGACCAACUUGAGGAGCAUAACACAAAUCACUUGCUGGAAACUACUACAAGAGGCUUUACACACAGGGUUUCUAUCCCGAAUUGACUUCAGAGGAGAAUGUGUGCGUUCACACACCAGCCAAACUUACCCCGAAGUUCCUUUGAGGUUUUUGGAUGCACUCCACACACAAACUGGGCUUUGUGGUGCGAAUUCUAGCUUAUCUUGAUGUAUUUCUGGGUUUUUUAAAUGCUGGUUUUAAGCUACUUUUUCUGAAAGCGCCAGAGCAAAUAGGGAGAGGCACUGAUGUAGAAUCAUUAGCAUGAUAAGAGGGAUACUCUCUUUAGAAAUGCAGAUAUAGCUCUUUAGUAAUUUCUCCCCCACCUCCCCCCUAAAAAUCAGCUAGAAGGAAAACACGGAGGCAUGCCAUGUGAACUUGCAUCAAAACAAAACCCGAGAGCAGGGGGGAGGGGCUGCUUCCCUCAAUGCCGCGAGUGUAAUUCGAAGUGGCUUCGCUCAACAUUUACCCCUCAGCAUGAAGCCAUGUGUGAAUAACUCUCUAGCCAGCCAAACGAGAUGUGGGACAGUAGACGUAGGAGCAAUGCCUUGACUUUUAAAAAGAAAUUGAAAUGCACAAUUGUGCGAGGACUGAUCAAAUUUGAUCAGAGCAAUGGUGCAGGCCGCGGCAGUGCUUAACCCAUUCCCUGUGGCUCAUUUUUCAUAUUAAAAUUGCCCCCAGCAUCUUCUCCAUCCACAAGGAAGGUCUAUGAGAGAUCUUUUUUUGCCAUUACAGAAAGAAAAGCAGCUUGCAGAGGGUGAUCAGGAAAUGCCCCAGGAUUAAAAGCCCCUUUCCCUAAUCAGAUUCACCAGCCCCCUGCAGCGCUUGUGCUCUCUCUCUCUCUCUCUCUCUCUCUCUCUCUCUCACUCUCUCACUCUCACACACACACACUCACAUGUUAGUUGGCUGUUCAUUUGUCUCCAACAUCAUGUAAUUUGGCUGUAAAACACAAAAAGCACUUUUUAAUAUGAAACCAUAUUAUUUUGAAUGUGGUAGUAUACCUGGUAGAAUAUUUGCUUAUCAUCAGAUUUUAAGAGUUGUAAGGGACCUUCAAGGUCUUCUAGUCCAACCCUUGCUCAGAGCAGGAAGUUGUGACAAUUGGCUGCGGGGGGGAGAUUUUUUUUGUUUUGUUUUACACUUAUAUCCCGGUCUUCCUCCGAGGAGCUCUGAGCAGUGUAUAUGGUUAUUUUUAUCCUCACAACAACCCUGUGAGGUAGGUUAAGCUGAGAGAUACAUGACUGGCCCAGAGAACCCUGUAAGCAAAUAGCAUCUAUGAGGACAUUUGCUUGCACCUCAUUCAUGGACAUUAUAGCCCUCUUUGUUGGAUGCUCUCAUUGCAUUGGGAGUUCCUCUUCCAUUUGCUUUUAGCUGCUAAAGGACCGGGGAGACCUGAUUUCAAAUCCCCAUUCAGCCAAACUAGCUGGGUAACUGGGCCAGUCACUUCUCUCUCAGCCUAACCUACCUCACAGGGUUGUUGUGAAAGAGAAACUCAAGUAUGUAGUACACCUCUCUGGGCUCCUUGGAGGAAGAGCGGGAUAUAAAUGUAGAUAGAUAGAUAGAUAGAUAGAUAGAUAGAUAGAUAGAUAGAUAAUAAAGUUGCACAAGUCAGCAAAUGGAGGCUGCCUAGUGCUCCCUCACUAGAGAUAUGCAAAGGAUAUCCGCGGGGCUCUCAGCCUUGGGUCCCCAGAUGUUGUUAUGCGACAACAUCAUCCCCUGCCACAAUGGAUCAUGCAGGUCCCGGCCCCCCAGGCUCAGUGCAAAUGUAGGCCUUUUCAUUCUGUAGGGCUUCCAUUGCUCACCUCGCAUGAAGGCUCUGUGCUGAUUUGAAUGUUUCUCCUUGCAGCAGAUGGAUUUUCGUUCCCAGUGUUUAGAUUGAUCCAGAUAUGCUUUGCCUCAAUGAUCAUGACUUAUUUAUUGUUCUGUUGCUUUCCGGAUUCAUAUGAGCAUAAAGCUUCAGUCAGUCAUUUCAACCGAUCUGACUUUUUGUCCUUCGGGAGCAAAAUUGGCUUUCCAAAUCCAGUGGCACCAGGAGCUAGCCCAAGCAGCCUCAAGGGUAGCAGUUCCAAAGCAUUGGCUAAUCCACCCCUCAGUUGCCCCCCCCCACACACACACACCAACACUUGCCUUCUAGUGCAUUAUUUUUAAUCAAAAAAUCCCAAAUUAUGUGAAAUUCCUUAUUUUGUGACAAGAGUACAUAUUGUGCAAUGCAAAAUUGAGACAAAUGUGAGAAUUAGUGUUUCUAAAACUUUCAAGAUUUCUAAGCUUUGCAAGAAGUUCCAGGUAUUCACCUUUCCCUUCAAGCUUCGCCUAGACAAGUAACCAGGUACCUUGCUUGAACUAGUCUCCUGCUGUGUCCUCCGUCCUUACUGUUGGUUGUCAUGGGUUAAGCUCUUCUGAAUGUCUUUGUAAGCUCUUUGGGGGCAGAGGGCAGUGCUUGUAUAGCUUUCCCCAGCCUUUCCAAAAUAAAAUCUGCCUGCAUCUCCA